UUAGUGUGAAGUGAAGGGCGUUACAAUGGCGGCAAUAUAUUCUCUCUUCCUCUUCUUCUUCAUCAUCACUCUUCUCAUCAUCUUAGCUUUGAUCGUAAGGCCAAUAUCCGUCAAGAUCCCAAUAAAAUCUCGCCACGUCUUCAUCACCGGUGGAUCAAGCGGCAUAGGUCUAGCUCUCGCUCACCGUGCCGCCGCCGAGGGAGCUCGAGUCUCGAUCCUCGCCCGCUCAACCGAUAAGCUCGACGAGGCCAAACGAUCCGUCCAGCUAGCCACCGGCAUCGAGGUCGCCACUUUCUCUGCCGACGUCCGCGAUUUCGACGCAGUCUCGAAGGCGGUUGAUGAAUCGGGGCCGAUCGAUGUGUUAAUAGUGAAUCAAGGCGUGUUUAUUGGGAAGGAGCUUGAGAAACAGAGUCACGAGGAGGUUAAGUUGAUGAUUGAUGUGAAUUUAGUUGGGAGCUUCAAUGUGAUUAUUGCGGCUUUGCCUGCCAUGAAAGCUAGUAGAGAAGGUCGUGGUCCUGCCUCCAUUUCUCUUGUCUCCUCUCAAGCCGGUCAGGCAGGUAUCUACGGUUACACUGCAUAUUCAGCGAGCAAGUUUGGGCUUUAGGGAUUAGCACAAGCGUUGCAGCAAGAAGUUAUUUCUGAUGACAUUCAUGUGACUCUCUUGUUUCCUCCUGACACUGAUACACCCAAGUUUCAAGAAGAACAGAAGAAGAGGCCGGAGCUCACUUCCAUCAUCGCCGCAUCUUCUGGUUCAAUGAAAACCAAAGAAGUAGCCAAGAUAUGUCUCGAUGGUAUCAAAGCAGGAAAAUCCACAGUGACAUGCCAUUUCAUCAGCUUCUUACUAUCUAUUGCUAGCGCCGGCAUGUCCCCUCAGAGAUCGCCUUGGCUGGCUUUCAUUGAAAUUAUGUUUUGUGGCUUAAUUAGACUCGUUAGCUUGGUUGUCCAGUGGCAAUGGUACAGAACCAUAGAAAAGUGGAGCACAAAAAAAAAAAUAAGUAGAAGCAAAUAGUAAAGUUAUAGCUUAGGUCAUCAAACUAUAUGUAUGUUUUUGGUAUGAACCACUAAUGUAUAUGAAUCAGGCUUUUGUACAGUAAACAGGUUCAUUUUUGUAAUUCCCACUUAGGUGUUGACUGGUUCUCCCGCUACCUCCCGCAAACACUGUGUUUGCGGGUGGUAGCGGUUGCUAGCGAUUGGAACCAAUCACACAAAUCGCUCCCAGUCGCUCCAAAUCGCUUCCAACCGCUUCAAACCACUGAAUUCCAAAAGCUGCCUCCUACAAGCGUUUGCGGUU